AUGCCCGGACGGGUCCUUCCCACCUUCACGGCCGCCGAGGUCGAGGCUCACAAUGACGCCAAAUCUUGCUACAUCACCAUUGGAAACAAAGUCUACGAUGUCACCGAAUUCGUGGAAGACCACCCGGGUGGUGGUGAUUUGAUUCUUGAAUUUGCCGGCAAGGAUGUCGAGGAAGUCAUGAAGGACGAGAUCUCUCAUGAGCACAGCGAAGCUGCCUAUGAGAUCCUAUUGGACUACCAUAUUGGCUUCCUCUCUGCAGACGGCACGGCAUCCUCCAAGGCUACCGUCUCAGGGGUCGAUGCCAGCGCAAGUAGCGAACAUCCUGUCUACAAAACUACAGGAAUGUCGCGUGCGGAGGAUUUGUCGGUCGAUACAGACUAUACUCAGGAUUUCAAGACCCACAAGUUUUUGGAUCUUAACAAACCCCUCCUCAUGCAACUUUGGAAUGGCAACUUCACCAAGGAGUUCUACCUGGAGCAAAUCCAUCGCCCCCGUCACUAUAAAGGAGGUAAAUCUGCGCCACUGUUCGGUAACUUCUUGGAGCCAUUGAGUUUGACCGCUUGGUGGGUGGUGCCCCUGAUCUGGCUCCCACCGGUCACGUAUGGAACAUUCAUCGGCACCACCGGUAUAAGCGAUCCUGCUGCUGCUGCUUCAUAUUGGGUACUCGGCCUGUUCCUGUGGUCCUUGAUUGAAUACCUCAUGCACCGCUUCUUGUUCCAUGUUGAUAAGUGGCUUCCGGACAACAGGGUUGGUCUGACUCUUCACUUUCUCCUCCAUGGUAUCCACCACUACCUUCCCAUGGACCGUUAUCGACUUGUGAUGCCACCAACGCUAUUCCUGGUUCUAGCUGGUCCCUUUUGGAAACUGGCUCAUACCGUCUUCUUCUACGACUGGUUCGUGGCUUUGCAAGUUUUCUGUGGUGGCAUGUUUGGCUACAUCUGCUAUGACUUGACCCAUUAUUUCCUCCACCACCGCAACUUGCCACUGUACUACAAGGAGCUUAAGAAGUACCACCUCCAGCACCACUAUGCGGAUUACGAGAAUGGCUUUGGUGUUACCAGCCGGUUCUGGGAUCGCGUUUUUGGCACUGAGCUGGAAGACCCCGCUCCUAAGGUUGUCAAGAUCCAGUGA